CUGGCUUUAUUUCCCACUGCAACACGGACAAGCAAUCGCUCCGGCUCACCUCGUUUGGUGUCCACCCUUAUUGAUCAAUUGACAGCGCGACCCGCGCGUUCUUGUUGAAGGGCCUGCCCUGUUCUUUGCUUUGACCUGAACGCGUUAGUUUUCCAAAGCAACUACACCAUGCCGAGGAGAUACAAACCUGUAAAGGCUCCCGUUUCUACUUCACCUGUAAAAAGUCGUCCAUAUAAUUAUAAUAAACCUAAAAAACAUGGCGAUCUCCUUAACCCCCAACCUGCACGUUAUCCUGAAUUCUCAAUGUCCAAUGUCCAUGCCUCAGCUCGUGACAACACCGCCCCCCAGCCAUCACGACGGGUGGAGAUAGCAACCUCCGGUGGCUCUGUGGUGACCCAACGCUGGGGACCAGGAAUCCAGUCCACCCAUCGGUGGCAGGUCCCAAAUCGCCACGAUCAUGUGGGGAGUGCGAUGCUGGCGUGCACCGACAACAUCUCGACGCCCCCCUCACCGCAGGCUCCAAAAAUGGAGUCACUCAUAUGGGAAGAAUCUCCCCACUCUUGGUUGGAAAAUGUUGCAGAAGCCACUAUCCCAGGCUCAGACACCCCUUCAUCCCCUUCGCCACCGCCAUCAGCUCCCAAAAAACGAAACAAGAGAGCAUCGCGGAACCCACAAAAGCAGGCAGCUUGGCUUCAUUGGCGCGAGAACGUGAUAUAUAAAGCAGUGGGAAUCUACUUAGAUUUGGAGGCGAAGAAGGCGGGCCGUAUAUCUCUUGGUACCCCUGGUGAGACGUUGUUUGAUGAAAACGGAUGCCUGUGCACACCGAUAGCGUCGCUCUGCUCUCGUUGCAACACAUACCUCCGGUUUCAUUCACUCAUGACGAUCACAUCCUCAAGUACGUUGGUAUCCUGGCUUCUCUAAUAGUGGUUUAAUGACCUCACUCCAGGUGCCGUGCGGCGUACGUUUGAAUACUGCGAAUGUCCCUCCAAUACCCUCCCGCUUAGCACCAUCCAGUCCGGCUACUUUCCUGGGUCACCUGUGAUACCUCAGGUUGCCUUCCAUUUCGACGUCCUUUCCCUAUACCUAGCUUUGAAUGUGAGCUCGUCUACUCCGAUUGCCUCCUUCCAUGCCGCUUUGUUUGGCAUAUUGCGGGAG